AUGUGUGAACUAUAUAUCAAAUAUUACGAUCAUCUUCGAGAUAACCUUUUCGAAGUACCUCUCGAAUCUUUAAUAACGUUAUUUAUCUGUAAAUAUUUAACAGAUGUUAAAAUUAAAAAAAUUUUAAUUAAAGAUUCGAAUUCGAGAACUUUUAAACAUUGUGUUGAAAUAAAUGAUUAUGAAUUUUCGGAAACAUCAGUUUUAUGUGAAAUGCCGUGUAUUUAUACAAAAAAUACGAUAAUCGCAGGUUUAUGUGCUGUAAAUCGUGAAAUUAUCAAAAAUUCACAAUCCGAAAUCGAUUUAUUAGGUUUUAAAAGUGCAUGUUUAAAAGCACCGAAUGAAACAUCGAUAUGGACGAAAUUUUGUGAAAUUGAUAUGAUUUCCACAACAAAUUAUCUUAUUUGUGACCAAAAUUUGAAUAAUAUUAUUCCAGAAGAUAUUAUUCGAUUAGAAAAUCAUAUGUGCCAACCGGUUCGUAUUCAUAAUAUGUAUAAAAUUGCUCAAAACGAAAAUAAAACUAUUACUUUUCAAACUCCAAAAAAUGAGUUAAAUAUAUCACAUAAAUUCGUUGAAGGACCAUUCAUGACCAUAGCCGAUUUAAUAUUAUGGCCUCAAUUAUAUCUAAUUUUUAAUAAAUUUAAUUUCUCAACCGAAAUUCCAUUAACGUAUAAAUGGUAUGAAAAUCUAUCGGAAAACACUCAAAUUCAAAAAGCGAUCUCGAUUUUUAAAGUAACCAAAAAUAUUUGUACGAAACAUUUCGAAAAACCGUUCGUUAAAUCUGAAAGUCUGUAUAAAGCUGAUCCAAAACGAUAUAAACCACAAAAUCGUAUUUAUACCAAACAAAAUGAUAUCGAUAAAGCUUUAAAUAUUGCCACGAAAUUAUCUAUAGAAUCACCAGGGAAACCUUUUGGACAUGAAAUUGAAUUCGAUUGGAAUACAAUUCCAAUCGAAGCAAAUCCUAAUGGUGGUGCGUUACCGGUUUCUCGUGCUGAUAGAAAAUGCGAACAAUUAGAAAAUUUAGCUAAAUCAGUUAUAAAACUUGCAAAAGCACAGGAUACCAUUGUGGAUUUUUGCAGUGGAAGUGGACAUUUAGGAAUUCUUCUUGCUGUGAAAUUACCGAAUUGUCUAAUUAUUUUAUUAGAAAACAAAGAAGAAUCUUUAUCAAGAGCUAAAGAUCGAGUAGAAAAAUUACAAUUAGAAAAUGUAAAAUUUCUACAAUGUAACUUAGAUUACUUUAGCGGUGAUUUUAAUAUUGGCGUAUCGUUACAUGCGUGUGGUGUUGCAACGGAUCUUGUAAUACAGCACUGUUUACGAAGAAAUGCUGCGUUUGUUUGUUGUCCUUGCUGUUAUGGAGGUGUACAUGAUUGUCAUCAUUUAACGUAUCCCCGAAGUCGUAUUUUUCGAGAAUCCGGUUUAACACUGAAAGAUUAUCUAGUAUUAGGACAUUCAGCGGAUCAAACUCAUGGCGAUGAACAUGUGAAAAGUAAACAGGGUAAUCUUUGUAUGAAUAUUAUUGAUACAGAUCGAAUGUUUCAAGCCAAAGAAUUUAAAUAUGCCGUGUGUUUAGGUAAGUUAGAACCGAAUACGUGUACACCGAAAAAUAAUUUAGUGGUUGGAUGGCCUGAUGAUCAAAAUUGUUAGGGUUUAAAAUUUAAAAUGUUAUAAUUCUUUUGUUAAUAUUUGGAUUUGUAUAAAAAU